CGCCCCUGGCGCUGUGUAGACUCCGCCCCGGGGAGGAGGGGCCAGUCCCGAGCCCUUCUGACUGACAUCUCUUCUCUUGGCCCCAACUGGCCAGGCUCUGCCAUGAAACUGGUCUGCUACUUCACCAACUGGUCCCAGUACAGAGCGGAGGCCGCUCGCUUCUUGCCCAGGAAUGUGAACCCCCAUCUGUGCACCCACCUCGUCUACGCCUUCGCCGGCAUGAACAGCCACCAGCUCAGCACCACAGAGUGGAACGACGAGGAGCACUACGAGGAGUUCAACGGCCUGAAGAAGACCCGGAGCACCUGGGACAGUGCUUGGCACACAGUGGGGUCAGUGCAUGUCUGCCUGGUGAGUGGCUGUCUGACUCUUAGCUCGAGUGCCAUGCAGCCUCUCUCACUAAGGCCAGACCUGAAGAUGCGGCAGGUGGGAACACUGAUAAAGGACCGUGAAGCUCCUCUGGGGGCCCCGGCCCAGGAGGCCACAGCAGGCUGGAGGCAGAUCAAGCCUGCUCUCCUUCUCCACCCCCAGGACUCUGCCGUGCAACUGUGGCUGCAGAAGGGGACCCCCGCCAACAAACUGGUCCUCGGCAUGCCCACCUACGGACGGUCCUUCACCCUGGCCUCCUCAUCAGACACUGGAGUGGGGGCCCCAGCCACGGGGCCUGGAGCCCCUGGCCCCUUCACCAAAGAGGCGGGGCUGCUGGCGUUCUACGAGGUCUGCUCCUGGAAGGGGGCUGCUGAGCACAGAAUCCAGGACCAGAGGGUGCCCUAUGCCUACAAGGGUGACCAGUGGGUGGGCUUUGAUGAUGUGGAGAGCUUCAAAGCCAAGGUCAGCUACCUGAAGCAGAAGGGACUGGGCGGGGCCAUGGUCUGGGCCCUGGACAUGGACGACUUCUCCGGCUCCUUCUGCAACCAGGGCCAAUACCCCCUCAUCAAGACCCUGCAGCUCGAGCUAGGUCUUCCACAUAUGCCUUUAGGUCCUCAAGAACCUGAAGUUACCACACCAGCCCAGCCUUCAGAACCUGAGAGUGGCCCCAGUCCUGGACAAGACACCUUCUGCCAGGGCAAAGCUGACGGACUCUACCCCAACCCUCAGGACAGGUCCAGCUACUACAGCUGUGCAGGGGGGAGGCAGUUCCAGCAAAGCUGCCCGAACAGCCUGGUGUUCAGCUCCUCCUGCAAAUGCUGCACCUGGAAUUGAGUCCCCAAGACCCCUUCGGCCCCAGCGCCCAGGCCAGAGCCCGGGACUCCACCACAGCCUGCCUCCCCAGCUCUCCCUGGAGACUGCAGUCUGGCCCCUGCAGGCCUCCCUGGGGUCUUUCCACGCCUAAGCUUUCAGCUCUCAGAACUGAGUUCCUGUUGGUCUGAUCCUCCUGGGCUGCCUCUUUUACAUGCAAAAUAAAUCUUUGAUUU